AACCCACACUAUUACCACGUAGGAGAAUGCAGAUUUCCUUUUCAUUUCUAGUUGUAUUUCUAUUUCCCCAGUUUUCUCUCUCUCUAAAAUCUGAGUAAUGGCGAGCCUCGCAAGCCUCGAGAAAAAGGAUGUCGCCGACGAGCAGAUCGGUGGGGAGGGGGUCGGGGAGAAGCAGCUGCCGUGGCACAGCCUUAAAGCCGGCGCACCAAGACCGACAGCCAAGGCGUGAAAUCAAAGAAGAUGAAAUGAGAUUUGAGUUGGUGGAGCAGAUGCUCGAUGAACGCUGCGUGAGAUCCAUUGCACGCUGCAGAAGUUUGUGGAGAUGGAAAGAGAAAGUUGAAGUCAGAAAGAGGCCGCCUUAUCUUGUUUGUGGACCAGAGAAUCUUGAUGAAUUUCUUUCUUGAAUACUUCCAUUUUCAUGUAUGGCAUUCUUGCAUAUCCACUCACACACAUAAAUCAAAAGAUAGAAAAAGAAAAAAAAAUAGAAAAUGGCGAGUGUGAGUGCAAGCGCAGCAUGCUGUUUUCAUCAAGCAGCAAUGAGCAGCCGCCACAAUUGUAAAAAGCUUGUCCCAGUCCAGCACACGGGAAGAAGGGCGAGAAUAAUGACAAAAUGUAGGCGUAGUUUGGGAGACUUCAUCGGAGGAGAUCUGCUGAAAUUGGACAUAGGGCAAUGGCUGUCGGACGUGGAGGAGCACAAGGCGUUGGCCAUCUACUCCCCACACGAGGGGGGCUACGAGGGCCGCUACCUCAUCCGCCUGGCCCACCAAGGCUACCACUUCCUCGACCUCUCGGCUCGCGGCCUAGGAGACCCCGAGACCACCCUCACCAAGUUUCACCCCGUCUGCCCUCCUCAUGUUGGGAAGCAGCCGAUAGCCCGGUGGUACUUCCCUCCGGAGGUGGACUAUAGGCUGUCUUUGCUUCCUUCGGAUGCCAAAGGCCUCGUGGUUUGGAUCAUCGAAGCUAAGGUUCUGUCCAAGGCAGAGCUGCAGUUUCUGGCCUUGCUUCCCACGUUGCGGCCUCGAGUUAGGGUGCUUGCUGAAUGCGGUAACUGGAGAAAAUUCAUGUGGACGCCGUUGAAAGAUAUCGCGGGACUACCAGCUACGGGAGAGAAGGUUUCCACUCAGUGACAUUCAUGGCAAUAAAAGCAGAGUAUAUAUAUAUAAUCAUGAAAAGAUGAAGAAUUCAAAACUCCAACUUACUAUGUAAUUAUAGCAUUCAUUUUACAUUAUUGCCAUCAGAAAUUAAUAUUUCUUGUAAAGAUUAGCAUUUUAGUUGAUAUGUACUCCCUCCGUUUUUUUUAAGUAUCCUAUUAAGAUAAA